UCUAUAUAACUCCAUCCAUUGUCUCUUUCCUUGUCAUAAAAUCCCAAACAACUUCUCUCAAUACAAAAUAUACAUUCCUUAUCUCCUACUAUUCAUCAAGUUAUCAAUGGCGCCAUCAAACAAAUCCUUCAUCAUAGCUUUAUUUCUUGUUGUGACCAUGUCAAGCAUGAGUUUAGAUGCUCGCCAUCUUUUGCAAACAACCUCACAGCAGCCUAAUUUGCCUAGCAUUCCCACUUUACCAAAACCAACAACAACAUUGCCACCUUUGCCUUCAAUUCCAACAUUUCCUCAAGCAAGUCUUCCACCAUUCCCAAUGCCAACUAACAUUCCAUCUCUUCCUAAACUCACUAUGCCACCACUUCCAAGCUUUCCUACAAAUAUUCCAACUCUCAACAUUCCACCAUUGCCAGCUGUCACUUCACUUCCCAACUUACCCACCUCGAUCCCAACCACUUUCCCUUCCAUCCCAUUUCUCUCUCCACCACCUUCAGCCUCUAGUCCUUAAACACUUAUUUACGAGGAGCAUCAUGUGUUCAUCUAAGUGUAUACAAUAGACUUUGCAUUAUUUCUUUAUAGUGUGUGAUUAAAUUCUGUUUGGUUAUGAUGAUGAGAGUAUCUUUGUUGUAUUGUAUGGUCAAUGGUGUGAAAGCAUUUGUACUUUUUCCCAUUUUAUUUACUAGUUUGGAGCUAUAGCUUGUACUUUUGAAUUUAUAUUACCGUUGAAUGAUAUACAUUUAGAUACA